UGCUGGUGGUCUGCUCGGGCUGUCUUCUUUGACUAUCAGCUUUGUCGUUCUUGGGGUCUUUCCGGAAUCUUGGCGCUAACGCCUGCGCCCGAUCACGUGCCGCGCGUGUUUGCCGUGUUUGCGACAGAGCUUUCCCCCCCGUCGCGAUUGGCUGCGUCACGUCGCGUCCGACACGGUCCAUGUCGGCGAUCUUGAGCUUCUCGAGAGUGAAAUGCAAGGCGUCGUUUCUUUUUCUUCUCCAACCUCCCACCAACUCCCCACCCCUACUUCUCGACUCGCAUAUACUUUCCAAGACUGUAUCGAACCUUCCUGGAAUCUCCUCACACCUCUCUUUACUGGAAUCUCACCGCAUGUUCCUUCACCCCUUUCUUCUGUCCCGCGUCGGCAUUCCAGAGAUCAUUCCACCCCCGCUAUCCUGAUCGCCUACAUACCGGUGCAUUCUCCCGGUCGACGCAAUACCCGAUUUGAUAGGCCUGACUAGUCGAUAAGCGAGUGACAUAGAUUGGCUGGUACCUUGCUUCGGUUCUCUACGCACCUCUAAAAACCUGGCGAAGUUUUUGAUCUUGCUACCAAACCGAUCCACCCGACGGUCGGCUUUCUUAACAACCUUCACAUUUCUUUGACAUAUUCUCACUUGAUCAUUCGAUCUCCAGCUUGCUUAUGGUUAUUCCUCUCAAGCUGGUGGCAUGGAAUCUCAGGACGGUAUUUCCGUCCGGCCUAUGAGGCUGAAGGUACUUUACACAUUUGACGAUGCCAGCAAGACAAAUUGCCUGGCCCGGUGGCCUCAUAUUCUCGAGAUUCAGACCGCCGCCCUGGAUGAGAUGACACAAAUUGGGGUCAUCGAGUUGAAGACAUGCAUUCAAGCCAUUGUCUCUGCUAGUCCAGAAUUGGUCGCUCAGUUGGGAAAGGAUUACACUGUUUAUGCCUACGACUACUCCGAGUACGAAACGCCUUUGGUUGGGCAAGGAAUGUUAUCCUGGGUUCUCGCCUCAGCUUCUCCCACGCCAAAUGCCCCUGCCCAUCAAUCCGAAACCAUGGUCACUGGUCGUGUGUGCAAAAAUGUGCUAGGACUAUUUUCGAAGGGGGCUCAGGAGACACUGGAGGUGAAGUUGCGGUUGGUGCCCGUUCCUACGGUGAUGCAGAGCGAAUACCUUGAGAGCAUGCGGAAGUAUCGGGAGUUGAGCAACAUUAUUCCUCACGAGUUCGAUGCGCAAGCGUGGAGCAAUUUCUUGCGCCAAAACCCAGGCCUGAUGACCCCUUCCCAUACCCAACAGCCGGAACGGACGGCAUCGCCCAUGGAUCACACCGGAAUUGAGAGGUUUCAUCGGUUACUCAGUGAAGGAUCAACACCGAGAGAGCUCCCGUCCGCUCCCGCAAAUGGCUCAUAUCGAUCUGUAUCACCUGCGCAGUCGGCGUUGGCACCAGGAAGCAGAGUAUCGACCCCGGGUGGCCAACUCUCACAUUUCCAACAGGAACCGCUGUCCCAACAGACGCAACAACAAUCACAGCCUCAACCGCGUUUAGAUCGUGCUCAAAGCGAUAUUAUCCGUCCUUCCUCUAGUGCUUCAAUGCGUGGUUCAGACUACGCUGCUCAAGGUCGAUAUGCCAGUCGCAGAGGAUCCAUUCAGUCAGGUUACGGUAGUUGCGAUGAGUCCGUAGAGCCGCAACCUCGGAAACGAGCCAAGCUGUACAGAGCAGAAUGGCCUGGGAAGUCUGACUUCAACAUCGAGAGACAGCCAAGCUCUUUGCGGGUCGCAGCGAGCACGGCUGCUUCUGUUCGUAUUCAUCGCCCUACGCCAAUCAACCCUGCCAUUGCUGCAGCUCAGAACUCUCAUGAAGAACCCGUUCGGCCACCCACGCCUAUCUCUACUACCACUGACUUUCCUCGCCGGGCACACCCACUUCCGAGCCUUCUUCGUGAAUCGUCCGUCCAGAGCAAUAACUAUGAGUCCCCGUAUAACGCGAGCGAUGACCAGACUCCCGUCGAAUUGAACACACAAUCCCCGGAGGAGUCUCGCUACCAGGGUCUCUUUGAGCCUUCAUUCAGCAUGCCAUCCUCGCCUCCCGUAUUGGACUGCCACUUCCCGGGCCGCUCUAGCCCAGUUCUCCCGCCCAUGGUCACCGAACCAGAUUCUGGAUUUAUGAGCGGUGGCGUGGAGGAACUCCUAGAUGAAGACAUUGGAACGCCAUUGGAAGAUUACACAAGACCCGUGACAAACGAUGCUACCAGUGAGAAGCCAGGAGAUUGUCUCGCGGUCCAUGCCAGUUCCCCCGUUGGCUCUCGCGUGAACCCGGAGGUCCGAAAUGAGAACACCCCUAUCAGCGAUGAGUCACAGGGACAAUCGACAAAGGACUCAGCACCUGUAUAUCCCCGCGCACCAACCAGCAACGCGGGCUCCAGACCGUCUUCGCGUGCAAGCUUUAGACAGGCUCCCAAGCCUCUGGCUCCCGCUCCCAUGUCUCAGAGUGAGAUAGAGCAGUUGAUAAGCGCAAUCCCAGCCAGUGAUCCCGUCAUGCCAUCACAGCCUCAAGGCCAAAAUUCUAAUUGGGCAGCUGGCCCGAUGAGUGACUUUUCCGCCGCGGAAACCCCUGCUCCACAACGGGUAGCAGAAGACGGCAAAGUCCGUAGCGGUGCCGGUGCAAGACGAUUAAGACAGGUCCAGGCGCGCCUUGAUAAAGCUAUUCGUGAUGGGCAGGUUCCCCCUUACUGUGAGAAUUGUGGUGCGAUUGAAACACCUACUUGGCGCAGGGCGUGGUCCAAGGAAAUGAAUGGCAACGAACAAGAAGCCGAGGAAAUGAAGAAGGAUUCGGGCAUGUUGUUUUGGCAGUCCCUGGAGCGGGAUGGUCAAGACAAGGUGAUCAAAUUCAAAAUCUAUAAGAAAAGUCUUGCUGACAUUGACAACGACUUUGCUCAAGUCCUUCUUUGCAACCCAUGCGGUCUUUGGCUUCACAAGUUCAAAUGUAUGCGACCAGAGAACAAAUGGAACAAGUCUUCCAAUGGCAAAAGGAAGCGUCCCCCCAGGAACCGCAGGGGAGGCGGUCCCCUUUCAACCAAUGGGACUUCAACAAGGAGCCAGAGCAGAGCCGGGUUGACCAAAGCGGAUGGUUCCUCACCUGUCGCAUCUGAUGCCUCGUCACCGGCAGCAGAAGAUGGUACUACGCCUCCUGAGGGCAACAGCAAUGAAAACGAGAACGAGGAUGAAGCCCAAGAACCCCCAUCUAAGCGUCGUCGUGCAACCAGCUUAGAGCCCCGAAAGUCAUCCGACACUACGGGAAGUCGUUGGCAAGAGGAUGAUGCGAUAGCGGCCCUCAGGCGGGCAAUCCAGUCUAGUCCUGCUAGAAAUCUUGAAAGUCGCAAUUCUGCCACGGCGGGUGAGAAUAAUCUUACCCCCAAGUCCGUAAGGAGAGUCUUGUUCCCUAACUCGCAGGCUGAGGGCGGGCCUUUGAAAGCUUUAGGCGAGUCGAUUUUGAACAGCCCCCGGCGUAGCCCUCGCGUGACUCAUGAAUCUGCCAAGCGAUCUCAGGACAAAGAGAAUGGCGCUUCUGCCCUUGAUGGUCUCUUCGAAAACCCGACCUUUGAGAUUGACUUGCCGACCAGCCCUACACCAAGGCGGCGGAAUCCUCGUACGGGCAUGAUGGGUGAAAAGUCGCUUCCGUUGCCGUGUAACUCCCCUUCGUCGUCUAAAGAACCGAAGGACAUCAACACAACCCCCACAAAGCUUACCGCGAAACGUCUUCAACAUAUUCAAAAUGGCCCAGGGUUAACUCCACGCCCGGGUAAAACGCCUAAGCAAUCGCGUCUUCACUCUCCGGGCCUGCCUUCUCUUCCGAAUGAUGCCUUCAAUGCGGACGCAUUUGGUGGCAUGGACAAGGCGAUCGUGGACAUUUUUUCUGAUGCGGCUGAUGCGACGAACGCUGAUUUGUUCAGCUUUGACCCAUCCAAAUGUUCAUCAAGUAGCAACUGGCCGGACUGGCUUUCGUCAGACUAUGUCUCGCCCAAUGGAUCUGAGGAAGAGCAGAAUAACGCGGAUGAUGAUUCCGGCAAUCUCAUCGAUGCGCUCCUGUCCAAUUCGGACAAAUCUCAAUUCGAUAUCUUCAAUCUUGAUUCGAAUAUUCUCGACUCUGGGUUCUUCAGCUCCGAUGCCCUCGAUACCGAUGUAAUGGCCGUGAGCGUCAAGAACAAGUCGAUAGAGGGAUCGAGCCACAAAGAACAAGCAUACCACAACACACCUAGUGCUUCAUGAGUUUCAUUUAAUCUUUGCGGUUUUACCCAUUUCUUGUGAUGAGUAUCCGAGACUUUCUUUUUUUUCCCCUUUUUUUUCUUGAUGUUUUUUCAAGCGACGGCGUUGGUGGAUUGGAACCUGUACUGAGGGUACACCGUUGGUCUUGGGAUGGUCCUAUCUUUUCUUCUCAUUUUACAUGUUCAUGUUAUGAUUCGCCUAUAUUAGGCAAUACUCUGCAUGGAGUCUUAGCAUUCUUACGACCUCAAAACUAGAACGAGUCUUCUCGUCUUGCAUUACAACAAGAAACAAUAGCAUAUACAAAAGAAACUGAAAGAACA